GACAUAGGUCCUUUGCCUAUCCUCUGCCUCAAGACUGCCGCCGAGUUAGAGUCAAGCACAACAUUCUUGAUGUCGAACAACUCACCCCACCAUCUCCAUUACCUUAGACAUGCACUCUCCCUAGCACAACAAUCACCACCCAAACCCACAAACUUCCGUGUUGGAUGUGUCAUUGUUUCCUAUCCUGCUAGCGACGGCGAUUCCUCUCCCCUCACUACAAGCCAAACAGUCCCCGGAACAGUGCUGGAGACAGGAUACACGCUUGAACUCGAGGGAAAUACCCAUGCAGAACAGAACGCACUGAGCAAACUACAGGCGUCGCAGGGUUCAGCAAACGUGCAAGACUGGUCUCUCGUCCUCCCUCAAUCCUCCAACGUCACCCUGUACACUACCCUUGAGCCGUGCGGCCUGCGUCUCAGUGGAAACCUCCCUUGCGUCGAUCGGAUCAUUGCCACACGACGGGGACUACACGGCGAACAGGACUCGGGCGCUGGUAUUAGGAAGGUGAUAUUUGGCGCUAGAGAACCCGGCACAUUUGUCGCCGACUCUAAAAGUUUGCAGAAACUCGACCAGGCCGGUGUUUCUUGGGAAUUUGUGCCCGGUCUAGAGGAGGAUAUUCUCAAAGUCGCCAUGGAAGGGCAUGUUACGCAGGCUAGUGCUCAGGGCCACGGUCAGGACCAGACUGAAAAGCCGGAGAAUGCGACAACAGGUGCAAAAAAUCAGGGCCAGAUGGAAACAAAUGUUGACGACAUCAGCGAAGAGGAAAGGAAGCGACAGGCCGCUCUUCCACGCAAUCCUAAGAAAAGGAUGAUGGAAGUUGAUGUCCCUCCUUGAAAUGCAUUGCUUUGUUAAAACCUGUGCACAUUUAUGGGCUCGCCAACUCAAGAGAAAUCACAACAGCUCCGCUUCGGCACAAAUGGUUGAAUUGUGUAUUCUGCAAUUUCUACGGCGCAUGAACCGCUCUCACGGUCACCUCGGACAGCAGCUGACCCUUGGUUGGCCCCGCCAUCGACGAGGGACCACAGGCCUUCCUCCUUAUAGUGGCCAAUCCUCUUUAAUCAAUCCGGGCUUGCGUCAAACUCUUCCGUUGGGUCGGGAGGUGACUUGCCGUCAGGUUGUUGGACAACCGAAUCUUGCUACUGCUCACCUUGACUUGUGAUCGAGGUUUCUUAAGUCGUCUUCGUGCCACCAUCACUGGAACCGAGGACUUGGUCACCAGAUAGUUGGAAAAUGAG